AUGGCAUUAGUACUCGAAUUAGAACCAUUUAGUGGUAGCAGCGAUCAAAACAUAUCAGAUUGGCUUACUAGAUUCAAUGUACUAUGUACUAUAGCCGAUAUUCAAAGUGAGAAACGCCAUUUAGUAUUACCAUGGUUUCUGAAAUCGGAAAGAGUGAUAAACUGGUUCAUAGAUACGGAUUUGGAUCAUUUAACUUGGGAGGAUCUACAAAGAACAUUGAUAAGAACUUUUGGAUCAAACCAGCAUCAAUUUCAUUCACAACAUCAUCAGAUAGUAUAUGACCACUACUCGCCGACAUCAACUGUUAAUCACCAGUUAUUAUCAUCAGCACUCCAAAAUGAACCACUAUCAAUGUGGCCUUCCGGUGACCAAGAAUGGUAUGUACACGAAAUGCAGCAACAACGUGCGAUUUUCACGAAAGCAACACCAACAAAAUUAGAAGCUACGGAUAAUGAAAUAUCGAACGAUAUUAAACAGUCACAAAGCGAACCAAUGAUCAUGCGCCAACCAGUACUAUUUGAACAACAACAUAUACAACUGAAAAAUCCACAGCAGAUAUACCAUCUUGCAGCAGGAUUACAAGAACACCCAUCGUCUUCGAUUAUUCAAUCAGCAAUUAUUCUUACUAAUAAACUGGAUGGAUUGCUUGACCAAGACAUCUACCCCUUGGCUUAUAAACACAAUUAUUGUGUUACAGGUACUGGUCCACAGCAACGAACGAUUGAUGUGAAUUUUGCAUUCACAUAUGAUAAAUUUAUGGGUGGUUUAUUAGACGAUAAUCAGACCACCUUAUUGACGCACUGGGAUUGGCUUUGGCCGUAUAUGGUUCCAUGA